AUGGCUGCUGGUGCGGAUAAUAGCAUGAAUAAAAAUGGCCUUGGCCUUGGCUUUGCCAAAGCCAAGGCCAGAAUCAAGGCGUUUGCGUUGAUUUUGGCUCGAAUACUGGUAAAGAUUCUCGGAUUAAGAACGGUUCAAGUGCUCAUUGGGAUGCUUGUGCUGACCGGAGUGGUGAUCCAGAUCGUGGAGAUGGAAGACAGGGCUGCUGGCAUGAAUAAGGCGUAUUUUUCGCCCUAUAAUAUGGCUUCUGAUAUCGAUAGGCCGUUCUUUGAAGGCUGUGUCGAUACAGAAGAGUACAAGAGGGACCCUGAAUACGAGCGGCAGAACGCCACGUUUGUGAUGCUAACGCGUAAUGAGGAGAUCAAGGGUGUGGUGCAUACGAUCCGGUCCGUCGAGCGGCAUUUCAACCAGUGGUUCGAGUACCCGUACGUUCUUUUGAACGACAAGCCGUUCACGCAAGAGUUCCAAGACCAAGUGAGGUCGCUUACGAACGCACAGGUGACGUUCGGUACGGUGGACGAGUCCCAAUGGAACUUUGAGAAUGAGGAUACGGAUGAGUUUCGGGAGUAUGUGGAGUCCCAGGGGGACCGGGGUAUCAUGUAUGGGAACAUGGUGUCGUACCACAAGAUGUGUCGAUUUUACUCUGGGAUGUUUUACAAGCACCCAGCGGUGCAGCAACACGAGUGGUACUGGCGCAUUGAGCCAGACGUGGAGUUCUUCUGCGACUUGACGUACGAUCCGUUUCUGGAGAUGAAACGUUCGGGCAAGAAGUACGGGUUCACGAUGUUCAUCAAAGAAUUGUACUGGGCGGUGCCGAACCUUUUCCGUGCGACCAAGGCCUUCAUAAGGGAGAGGGAAGCCCAGGCCCAGGCCCAGGGCCAAGGAAAUAUCAAAGUCGGCUCACUCUGGAAAGUGUUUGUGAAAGACUACAACGUCCUUCCCGAGGACGAGUACCUCAACAAGUUCGCCAACUACCCGGCUGAGGCAGCAGAAGAGAUCCGCCACGAGGACACCAUCGCGUCUUUGAAACAGCGCUGGCAGCGCGACGGCACCAUCGACGACCAGCUCGUCGAGGAACUCCUCUUCCGUGCCCAGCGGAAAGUGCCCGUGAUAGAAGACAAAUUCGAGCAAGAAGAGUUCAACUUGUGCCAUUUCUGGUCCAACUUCGAGAUCGCCCGCGUAGACGUCUUCGACAACGACAUCUACGACGCCUACUUCCAGUACUUGGACCAGUGGGGCGGGUUCUGGAAGGAAAGAUGGGGCGAUGCGCCUGUCCAUUCCUUGGGACUCGGCCUAACUUUGGACUUGCAAGACGUCCACUACUUCAGAGACAUCGGAUACCAGCACUCCACGCUCUUCCACUGUCCAUUCAACAAGAAGGGCCACCAAUUGCCAUACAAGGGCACUCCAGACACAAGAGACACCGUCUUUACCAACAUUUUCUACAGAAAGAGCGAGUCAUCGCACACCAGCGACACAGGCAGUGGAUGCAGAUGCCGUUGUCCCACAGGUCGCGAUGUCGAAGACAAUGCCUUCUACUGUCUGGUCCAAUGGUUCGACAACGUAUUCCCGCUGCCAAACAACACAUAG